CGCCGGCGUUAUCCUCCCCUCCCACUCACUCCCCGUUGUCCACUCCAACUCCAAGCACCUGGCGGCUGGCUCGUCUGUCGUCUUCUCUCCUCCCCCAUGGCCACCUCCCACCUUCUCGCCGCCGCCGUAACCUCCUCUUCCUCCUCCGCCGCCUUCCGCCGUCCUCUCCGCCGCCUCUCUCCACCGCCUCUUUCUCUAACCCUGAGCCGGCGUCGGCCGUUCCCGGUGGUUCGCGCCGCCGACGCCGACGCCAAAGAAACAACGAAGCCGAAGGCUCCAGAGAAGGCGCCGGCGGCAGGUUCAAGCUUCAACCAGCUGCUCGGUAUCAAGGGCGCCAAGGAAGAGAGCAACAUAUGGAAGAUCCGUCUUCAACUUACUAAGCCAGUGACAUGGCCUCCGCUUGUCUGGGGAGUGCUUUGCGGAGCAGCUGCCUCUGGAAAUUUCCAAUGGACAGUUGAAGAUGUUGCAAAAUCAAUCGUAUGCAUGCUAAUGUCUGGCCCAUGUCUCACGGGAUACACACAGACAAUUAACGAUUGGUACGAUCGAGACAUCGAUGCAAUUAAUGAGCCUUAUCGUCCUAUUCCUUCAGGAGCUAUUUCAGAAAAUGAGGUAAUUACUCAGAUCUGGGUACUACUGUUAGCAGGUCUUGGGUUGGGUGCUUUGUUAGACGUAUGGGCAGGGCAUGAUUAUCCUAUUAUUUUUUACCUUGCCCUGGGUGGGUCCUUGCUUUCUUACAUAUACUCAGCACCACCUCUCAAGCUCAAGCAGAAUGGAUGGAUAGGAAACUUUGCCCUUGGUGCGAGUUACAUUGGCUUGCCAUGGUGGGCUGGCCAGGCGUUAUUUGGAACUCUUACUCCUGAUAUUGUCGUGCUAACUUGUUUGUACAGCAUAGCUGGGCUAGGGAUUGCCAUUGUAAAUGAUUUUAAGAGUAUCGAGGGGGAUAGAACUCUGGGACUUCAGUCACUUCCUGUUGCUUUCGGUAUGGAUACCGCGAAAUGGAUAUGUGUUGGAGCGAUCGACAUCACUCAAUUAUCUGUUGCAGGCUACCUUUUGAGCACCGGUAAGCUGUAUUAUGCGCUGGCAUUGCUUGGACUAACAAUCCCCCAGGUGAUCUUGCAGUUCCAGUACUUCCUCAAGGACCCUGUGAAGUACGAUGUCAAAUACCAGGCAAGUGCGCAGCCGUUCUUCGUCUUCGGCCUGCUGGUUACUGCCCUGGCCACCAGCCACUGACCAAAGCGAACAACCAACCUGAAUGCACCCUAGUAUGUUUUGGUUUGUACAACUCUUGGUGGAAUAAGAUUGCAGCAACUCAGCUGUUCCAAUUACCGAUUUUUCUUUUGUUUUUUUUGAAACAUGGAUUGCGGUUAGCGUAGAACCAAGAAUGCAGCUGCAAUGCAAAGUGUAGAUCGUAGAUGAAUAUCACAGACUCGUGUGACGGUAUCAGUGUCUGUAUAACGUAAUUUUGAGCAUAAGACAUCAGUUCUUUUGCGAGAGAACACAGACAUUGCUAUUGCAUGAUGAAAACUGCUUCUGCUGGGGAA